GAGGGGCAGAGGAGCGCGGCCGUGGGACUGUCAGCUUCGCCUGCUAUGCUGACCUCCAGCACUUGACCUUUCAAAGACCGCUGGAGAGAGACGCCGAAAGCUUCUUCCGGGAUCUUCCAGGGCCGGGUACUUGGUCGUAGCAAGACCGAGUCGCAAUUCCUAGUGGCUUGCAAGUUUCCAGCGGGGAGGACAAAUCUAACUGAACACUGAGGCCACCUCUCUGACCCUUUGGAAAAUGGCCGGAGGUUAGGAAACGCAUCACCGCGGCCCGCCGAGCCCAGAGGACUCGCCUCACAAACGGGAGCCCUCGCAAACAGGCGGGCCGCGCACGGGGCCAGGAUUGGAAGACCCGCCGGGUGCCCCCUCCCGGCCCCAGGCGGCGCGGCGCGGCAGGGCUGUGGGAGACUGCGCGUGCGCGCUGCGCGGCCGGUUCCGGAGACGACGUCCCCAGCCGCCUCCCGUCUCCCGCGACAGCAUGAAGACCGCCGAGGACGCCAGAGGAGUGCAUGGCGAGGGGCCGCGGAAGCUAGGCCUCUGCCUCCUCUGCGGCCUGCCCGCGGCAGGAAAAUCGACCUUCGCGCGGGCCCUAAGCCCCCGCUUACGGCAGGAGCGGGGCUGGGCCGUCGGCGUGGUCGCCUAUGAUGACGUCAUGCCGGACGCGUUCCUCGAGGAGGCGAGCGCGCGGCCGUUGCCAUCCCAAUGGAAGUUGCUUCGACAGGAACUGUUGAAGUACCUAGAAUACUUCUUGUUGGCUGUCAUUAACGGGUGUCAGAUGUCUACCCCACCCAACAGGACUGAAGCCAUGUGGGAGGAUUUUAUAACCUGCUUAAAGGAUCAAGAUCUGAUAUCUUCUGCUGCACCGGAGGCCCGGUCUUGCUAUCUCUUAACGAAGACUGCUGUUUCUAGACCUUUGUUUUUGAUUUUAGAUGACAACUUUUAUUAUCAAAGUAUGAGAUACGAAGUCUACCAAUUGGCUCGGAAAUAUUCAUUAGGCUUUUGCCAGCUCUUUUUAGAUUGUUCUCUGGAGACCUGUUUACAGAGGAAUGGCCAGAGACCCCAGGCGCUGCCUGCCGAGACCAUCCACCUGAUGGGAAGAAAGCUGGAAAAGCCCAACCCCGAGAAAAAUGCUUGGGAACACAACAGCCUCACAAUUGAGAGUUCAGAAUGUUCUUCUGAAGCCAGCCUGAAGUUGACUGAUUUAUUGCUUACUGCUUUGGAAAAUCCAGUAAAAUAUAUUGAGGACAAUGUGGAACAAAAGGAAGCAGACAGAAUCAUUUGUUCAACCAACCUUCUUCAUCAAGCCGAUCAGAUGCUCCGAAGGAUUGUCUCUCAGACGAUGAAGGAAGCAAAAGAGGAACGAGUGCUUCCUUUCAACUUGAAGCUUCUAGCAGAAGAACUCAACAAGCUCAAAGCAGAGUUUUUGGAAGACCUAAGACAAGGAAACAAAAAGUACCUGUGCUUUCCAGAAACCACCAAUGUAUCAGAUGCUAUUGCUUUUUUUCAUCAUGAGAAAGAUAAUAUUGUCCAGAAAUAUUUUUCAAAGCAUUAAAACUUUUGAACUUACAAUCAAAUAUCCGAUUUUGGUUGAGUUUGCAAAAUAAAACCAUUUUGCAUUACUGGA